GAACAACAUUUAGCAAAAUAAACAAAACAAAGAACAAAUCUCAUUCCACACGCUCUUCCCUUCUGAUUUUUUCCACUUGUCUCAUCUUCGUAUUCUACAGAAAAACAAAACACCCCCCAAACAAGCAAACAUCAACCCUUGAACACGCACCAUUUCAACAAGAGAAAACCCAACGAACAAUCAACAAUCAAUCCCUAAAAACAAUGGCAACUAAUCAAAACCCAACAUCAGAAAAUCAAGUAUUCCCAGAAAUGCCACCAAUUCGGGUCAAACCACCAUCUACAUCAACCGCAUCAUCACCAAGAGUAACUGUUUCAACCCCAACAGCAACUGCAACUGGUGCUGCUGUAGAAACUCCAACAGCUGGUGCUGCAAGGAAGAUUGCUAUUGCUGUAGAUCUGAGUAAUGAAAGUGCUUUUGCUGUUAAAUGGGCUGUUGAUCAUUACAUUCGUCCUGGUGAUGCUGUUGUUCUUCUUCAUGUUCGUCCGACUUCCGUUCUUUAUGGUGCUGAUUGGGGCUGUGUAGAUUUCUCUGCUUCUGUUGAUGGUAAUAAUAAUGAAGAAUCUCAUCAGAAACUUGAAGAUGAUUUUGAUGCUUUUACUACUUCUAAGGCGUCUGAUCUUGCUCAACCUCUUGUACAAGCUCAGGUGCCAUAUAAAAUUCAUAUUGUAAAAGAUCAUGACAUGAAGGAAAGGCUAUGUUUGGAGGUUGAGAGGCUUGGAUUUAAUGCUGUAAUUAUGGGAAGCCGUGGUUUUGGUGCAUCUAAGAGAGGAAGCAAUGGUAGGCUUGGGAGUGUUAGUGAUUAUUGUGUGCGCCACUGUGUCUGUCCAGUAGUAGUUGUCCGCUAUCCUGAUGAGAAUGAAGGAAAUGGUGGAGAUGAUGUAAUGGUUUCUGUGGCUGAAGUAGAUGAAGAGGGAGUUGCUGAAGAGGAAGAGUACCAUGAUGCUUCAGAUGAACGCAAGGCGGCAGCCUGAAAACUGAUACGAUCUGGUGUGUUCUACGAGUAGCAGAUUGUUACCUGAAGAAGGAAAAUCAUUGUUUCCUUUUGUUUUUUGCAAUGUAGAAAUGGGUUUGGCUGGUAUUGGAUUCUAUCACACUCAGAUGAAGCAAAGUUUGCUUUUGUGCCGUCUUCUGUUGCUCCCUGGGAUUUUAUCUUCAUCCAACCUGCUUUUUAUGUGUAUGAAUAUGAAUUAGAUGUGAAUUUAUUUAUGGUUUUUAGGAGGUUUCUGCAUUUUGAUGCGUGCAAUUGCACUUAUUCUCAUGAUUUCUACUCCUUUAUGAUGAUCGUUAUUAGUCAUUUGCGCUUAUUUUGCGAGAUUUAUGCGAUUUUACUCAUUUUGACUA